CGGACCGCGCGGACUGCGCCCAGGGCCCGAGCCCAGCCCUUGGAGAGUGACCCUGGGGUCUUCUUUGUGUUUGCUUUGCGACGUUGAUUGACGUAUGUGCAGUUUGGGACCCUGGAGGUCUCCUUCCCGCUGCAGACUGGGAGGGAGCCUUCUCUGGUGUUGCAAGAAGGAGGCUGAAUGAGGCAGAGACGCUGAGCUCUGUCUGGGAGGCCACGUUAGAACGACUGGAGGCAGCGAGACCCCGAGGGCUGGGGACCGGGGAGCGGGGCCCAGCGCUGAGGAUGGCCAGGCCGCAGCCGCCGCCCUGGGCCCACGCAGCCUUCCUCCUCUGCCUCCUCGGCCUUGGCAGGGCCAUCAAGAUUCCUAUGGAUCCAAGCAUUCAGAAUGAGCUGUCCCAGCCCCCAACCAUCACCAAGCAGUCAGAGAAGGACCACAUUGUGGAUCCCCGCGAUAACAUCCUGAUCGAGUGCGAAGCGAAGGGGAACCCUGCCCCCAGCUUCCACUGGACUCGAAACAGCAAGUUCUUCAACGUCGCCAAGGACCCCCGCGUGUCCAUGAGGAGGAGGUCUGGGACCCUGGUGAUCGACUUCCGCAGCGGCGGGCGGCCAGAGGAGUACGAGGGCGAGUACCAGUGCUUCGCCCGCAACAAGUUCGGCACCGCCCUGUCCAACAGGAUCCACCUGCAGGUGUCCAAAUCUCCCCUGUGGCCCAAGGAAAAUCUAGACCCAGUGGUGGUUCAAGAAGGCGCCCCCUUGAUACUCCAGUGCAAUCCGCCACCCGGACUUCCGUCCCCGGUCAUCUUCUGGAUGAGCAGCUCCAUGGAGCCCAUCCCCCAAGAUAAGCGGGUCUCCCAGGGCCAUAACGGGGACCUGUACUUCUCUAACGUGAUGGUGCAGGACAUGCAGACCGACUACAGCUGCAACGCCCGCUUCCACUUCACCCACACCAUCCAGCAGAAGAACCCGUUCACCCUCAAGGUUCUCACCACCCGAGGAGUUGCAGAGAGAACCCCCAGCUUCAUGUACCCCCAGGGCAGCACGAGCAGUCAGAUGGUGCUGCGUGGCAUGGACCUCCUGCUGGAGUGCAUCGCCUCUGGGGUCCCAACGCCGGACAUCGUGUGGUAUAAGAAAGGUGGGGACCUCCCGUCUGACAAGGCCAAGUUCGAGAACUUCAACAAGGCUCUGCGUAUCACCAACGUCUCCGAGGAAGACUCUGGGGAGUACUUCUGCCUGGCCUCCAACAAGAUGGGCAGCACCCGGCGCACGAUCUCGGUGAGAGUAAAGGCUGCUCCCUACUGGCUGGACGAGCCCAAGAACCUCAUCCUGGCCCCUGGCGAGGACGGGAGGCUGGUGUGUCGAGCCAACGGGAACCCCAAGCCCACUGUCCAGUGGAUGGUGAACGGGGAGCCUCUGCAGUCGGCACCCCCCAACCCAAACCGAGAGGUGGCCGGGGACACCAUCAUCUUCCGGGACACCCAGAUCAGCAGCAGGGCAGUGUACCAGUGCAACACCUCCAACGAGCACGGCUACCUGCUGGCCAACGCCUUUGUCAGCGUGCUGGAUGUGCCGCCCCGGAUGCUGUCGCCACGGAACCAGCUCAUCCGGGUGAUCCUGUACAACCGGACACGGCUGGACUGCCCCUUCUUUGGGUCCCCCAUCCCCACGCUCCGAUGGUUUAAGAAUGGGCAAGGAAGCAACCUGGAUGGUGGCAACUACCACGUCUACGAGAACGGCAGUCUGGAAAUCAAGAUGAUCCGCAAAGAGGACCAAGGCAUCUACACUUGUGUCGCCACCAACAUCCUGGGCAAAGCGGAAAACCAGGUCCGCCUGGAGGUCAAAGACCCCACCAGGAUCUACCGGAUGCCAGAGGACCAGAUUGUCAAAAGGGGAACCACAGUGCAGCUGGAGUGUCGGGUCAAGCAUGACCCCUCCCUGAAACUCACGGUCUCCUGGCUGAAGGACGAUGAGCCGCUCUACAUCGGGAACAGGAUGAAGAAGGAAGACGACUCCCUGACCAUCUUCGGUGUGGCCGAGCGGGACCAGGGCAGUUACACGUGCAUCGCCAGCACCGAGCUGGACCAGGACCUGGCCAAGGCCUACCUCACUGUGCUAGCUGAUCAGACCACUCCAACUAACCGUUUGGCUGCCCUGCCCAAAGGACGGCCAGACCGACCCCGGGACCUGGAGCUCACGGACCUGGCCGAGAGGAGUGUGAGGCUGACCUGGAUCCCAGGGGACGACAACAACAGCCCCAUCACAGACUAUGUCGUCCAGUUUGAAGAGGACCAGUUCCAGCCAGGGGUCUGGCAUGACCACUCCAAGUUUCCGGGCAGUGUCAACUCGGCCGUCCUCCAGCUGUCCCCGUACGUCAACUACCAGUUCCGGGUCAUCGCUGUCAACGAGGUGGGCAGCAGCCACCCCAGCCUCCCGUCCGAGCGCUACAGAACCAGCGGGGCAGCACCUGAGUCCAAUCCCAGCGACGUGAAAGGCGAGGGGAGCAGAAAGAACAACAUGGAGAUCACGUGGACGCCCAUGAAUGCCACCUCCGCCUUUGGCCCCAACCUGCGCUACAUCGUCAAGUGGCGGCGGAGAGAGACCCGGGAGACCUGGAACAACGCCACAGUGUGGGGCUCCCGCUACGUGGUGGGGCAGACCCCUGUCUACGUGCCCUACGAGAUCCGCGUGCAGGCCGAGAAUGACUUUGGGAAGGGCCCCGAGCCGGACACGGUCAUCGGUUACUCCGGAGAAGAUUAUCCCAGGGCUGCACCCACUGACGUUAAAAUCCGCGUCCUGAACAGCACAGCCAUCAGCCUUCAGUGGAACCGAGUCUACCCCGACACGGUCCAGGGCCAGCUCAGAGAGUACCGAGCCUACUACUGGAGGGAGAGCAGCUUACUGAAGAGCCUGUGGGUGUCUCAGAAGAGACAGCAAGCCAGCUUCUCUGGCGACCGCCUCCGGGGUGUGGUGUCCCGCCUCUUUCCCUACAGCAACUACAAGCUGGAGAUGGUGGUGGUCAAUGGGAGAGGUGAUGGGCCUCGCAGUGAGACCAAGGAGUUCACCACCCCGGAAGGAGUGCCCAGUGCCCCCAGGCGCUUCCGCGUCCGGCAGCCCAACCCACAGACAAUCAACCUGGAGUGGGACCACCCGGAGCACCCCAACGGGAUCCUGACCGGAUACUCGCUCAGAUACGUGCCCUUUAACGGAACCAAAGUAGGAAAGCAGAUGGUGGAAAACUUCUCUCCCAAUCAGACCAAGUUCACGGUGCAAAGAGCGGACCCCGUGUCACGCUACCGGUUCACCCUGAGCGCCAGGACACAGGUGGGCUCCGGGGAAGCCGUCACUGAGGAGUCACCAGCGUCCCCGAACGAAGCUACUCCAACCGCAGCUCCUCCCACGUUGCCCCCGACUACGGUGGGUGCCACAGGUGCUGUGAGCAGUACUGAUGCUACUGCCGCCGCCGCCACCACCGAAGCCACAACAGUCCCCAUCAUCCCAACUGUCGCGCCUACCACCGUCGCCACCACUACCGUCGCCACCACUACUACAACCACCGUCGCCACCACGACCACGGAGAGUCCUCCCAGCACCCGGACUAAGACCCCUGAAUCCGCCCCCGAUGAGCAGUCCAUAUGGAACGUCACGGUGUCCCCCAACAGUAAAUGGGCCAACAUCACCUGGAAGCACAAUCUCGGGCCCGGAACUGACUUUGUGGUUGAGUACAUCGACAGCAACCACACGAAAAAAACUGUCCUUGUUAAGGCCCAGGCCCAGCCUGUACAGCUGACAGACCUCUAUCCCGGGAUGACAUACACAUUGCGCAUUUAUUCCCGGGACAACGAGGGCAUCAGCAGUGCCGUCAUCAUUUUUACGACAGCUUACACCAACAACCGGGCCUACGUCACCACCCAGGGCUGGUUCAUCGGGCUCAUGUGUGCCAUUGCUCUCCUGGUGCUGAUUCUGCUCAUCGUCUGUUUCAUCAAGAGGAGUCGUGGUGGCAAGUACCCAGUGCGAGAAAAGAAGGAUGUCCCCCUUGGCCCUGAAGACCCCAAAGAAGAGGAUGGCUCAUUUGAUUACAGUGACGAGGACAACAAGCCCCUGCAGGGGAGCCAGACGUCCCUGGACGGCACCAUCAAGCAGCAGGAGAGUGACGACAGCCUGGUGGACUACGGUGAGGGUGGCGAGGGCCAGUUCAACGAGGACGGCUCCUUUAUCGGCCAGUACACAGUGAAAAAGGACAAGGAGGAGACGGAAGGCAACGAGAGCUCGGAGGCCACGUCGCCCGUCAACGCCAUCUAUUCUCUGGCCUAACAGCCGGCUCAGCCGCUACUGUACAAGCGGGGAGAGGAGGGGGAGACGGAGCUACCACCACCUUCAUGGACAAGGGCGCACGUGGAGGUCUGCCAAGCUGUGAGGACCA